CAGGGGAGGGGCCUGCGUCCGAGAGAACCACUUUCAUUUCCCAGUCCCAGAGGCUCCGCAGGCACGAUCGACCUCGAGCCAACGCGUUUCCGAGACCCCUCCUGUCCCGACAGGGCUUCUCUCCGCGUUCCCCGGAGCCUGGCCAGGUGGAUGAACAAGUCGGUGUACCGAUCGCGCCCGUCCCGCCGCAGGAGCCCAGCUCUGGCUCAUCCCUGACCCCCACCCAAACCUGCUCUUCUUUGUUGCCUCCAGAGCGCACGGUCCCCAAACAGUUCACCUGCCGGCGACCCCAACCCAGCGGGAGACGUGGACAUGAGGUUGGCAGGCCCCCUCCGCAUCGUGGCCCUGAUUGUGACCGUGGCUCUCACCUGGAUCAUAGUCAGCAUCCUCCUGGGUGGGCCUGGCAGUGGCUUCUCUCGCAUCCAGCAACUCUUCAUCAGCCCAGAGAACUCAGUGACGGCAGAGCCGCGGGCCAGGAAGUACAAGUGCGGCCUGCCCCAGCCAUGUCCUGAGGAGCACCUGGCCUUCCGCAUGGUCAGCGGGGCUGCCAAUGUCAUCGGACCCAAGAUCUGCCUGGAGGACAAGAUGCUCAUGAGCAGUGUGAAGGACAACGUGGGUCGAGGACUGAACAUUGCCCUGGUGAAUGAUGUCAACGAUCUUCUGAAGUUUAUUCGGCCACUGCAUGAAGGCACCCUGGUGUUUGUGGCAUCUUACGACGACCCCGCCACCAAGAUGAACGAAGAGACCAGGAAGCUUUUCAGCGAUUUGGGCAGCAAGAAUGUCAAGGACCUAGCCUUCCGGGACAGCUGGGUGUUUGUGGGGGCCAAGGGUGUGCAGAACAAGAGCCCCUUUGAGCAGCAUGUGAAGAACAGCAGACACACCAACAAGUACGAAGGCUGGCCCGAGGCGCUGGAGAUGGAAGGCUGCAUCCCAAGGAGAAGCACGGCCAGCUAGCCAGCUAAGCGACGAUCAGGCUAAGGAGGCUGCGUGUGCCUGGCCCAGGAGGAGGCAGAAGUGGUGCCAGCGCAGGGCUGAGUCCCGACCCCACACCGGCCAGGAGUGCUCUCUUGUUCAACACAUCAGGGCUCCGAGGCCGUGAGCGGUGACCCGUGUGUGACUGGUGGUGGGGACUGCAAUGGCCAGUCUCAUUGUACGUUGGCAGGGGAGCCCAGGUCCCCAUCUCCUUUCCCUAAGGCUGCUUUCCCUAGUCAGCCCCCACCCGCUUCCCAAGGCCCUGGGUGCUCGCCCCCUGGCUGCACAGCCACCUGGUUGGGCAACUUCCGGAACCUCUCCGCCCAGAGCCGCUCACUGCUCUGCAGGCUAGUCCUGUUUCCCAUGGGUUUCCUUCUGGUGAGCCACAUCUGGCGGCCCAUGGCAGGGACCUACCUGGCUGCCUCCUGCCCCGCUCUCCAUAGGAAAGGGCCGCCAUAGAGCCUGGCUGGCCAGGGCAGUAAAGUAGUGAGCCUGGUCACAGGCCCUGGUGCAGUGGGUGGCAGCUCCUGCAGUGUGUCACAGGACCCGGCUUCUAGAUGACCUCUUAAUAAAUUGGUGCCCCACUGGAAUGUAUGCACUCAACAUGGA